AUGGAUUUCUCCCAGCCCAAAUGUCAUUCAGACUACUACGCAGUUGGUGGUAAAUCUGUUUUGGAUUAUCUUUCAAGUGUUGUUUUUCGUCCUAGUGAACGCACUGAAAAAGCUCUUAUUCUCGUAAUGGAGAAAGGUGACUGUGAUUUUAGAAAAGUUAUUCAUCUUCUACGUUCGCGUGACAACAAUUCUGCCUCUGAUGCAUCAGAUACUUCUAUGCCGUCUUCUGCAGUCGUCUUCUACUGGGAACAGAUGUUGAGGUGUGUGAAGGCGCUUCAUGAUCGACGUGUUGUUCAUUUAGACUUGAAACCACAGAACUUUGUUGUGGUAUGUGGACAGUUAAAGCUAAUUGAUUUGGGAAUUAGUCAUCAACUGUUAGAUGAUUCAACAACGAUACAGCAAUGGUUGAAAUUAGGCACACUAUCAUUUAUGAGUCCAGAACAGUUGGAAUCAGCUUCAUCUUCAUGUAAUCUGAAUCAGUCGUCUUUCUGUGGUCGACAAGACAAUCAAGAAAACUUGUUUAAGGUUGGACGUAAAUCUGAUAUUUGGUCGUUGGGAGUCAUUUUGUAUUUAAUGGUGUAUGGUAAAUCUCCGUUUAACCAAAGUACACUACAAUCUCUCUUGUCAGCCAUUAUAAAUCCAAAUGUGAAUAUUUCCUUACCCCCUAUCAGCAAUAUGGGUAUUUAUAAGGCAUUGGAACGGAUUAUGAAUAUGUACGCAGUAUAUGCACUAACCACUGAUGUCCUCGAAAUUGAAGAUUCUCACGCAUACAUUCUGUCACGCGCAUAUAUGCAACACAGUCCUUUUCCAGCCUAA